GCUGCUGGUGGUAAAACUUUUCUCUCCCAGCAUUGGUUUCACCUCCAGAUCCUUGCAGAAAAAAAAAGAGAAUCCUCGAAAGGAGUGAUGGGUUCCUACAGCUCAAACCUGGAUGAUAUCUUGGAAGAGGACAUGCACCACUGGUACACCAAAUUCAUGAGGGAAUCUCCAUCUGGACUUAUCACUCUGUUUGAACUGAAGACGAUGCUUGACAUGAAUGGGAUGACAGAGGAGGCCAGCAGUUAUGUUGACCAGGUGUUCUUCACCUUUGAUAUGGACGGGGAUGGCUAUUUAGACUUUGUGGAAUACAUCGCAGCUAUAAGUCUACUGCUGAAGGGCGAGGUAAAUCAGAAACUGAAGUGGUACUUCAAGCUUUUUGAUCAAGAUGGAAACGGAAAAAUUGACAAGGAUGAACUGGAAACUAUAUUCAAGGCUAUUCAAGAUAUCACCAGAAGUUAUGAGAUCCCCCCAGAGGAGAUUGUGACACUUAUAUAUGAGAAAAUUGAUGUUAAGGGAGAAGGUGAGCUGACGUUGGAGGAGUUCAUCAGCGGAGCGAAGGAGCACCCUGACAUCAUGGAUAUGCUCACAAGGAUGAUGGAUCUCACAAAUGUCUUGGAAAUCAUAAUCAAGGGUCAAAGGAGAAAUGUGAAAUGAGAUUUAACUCAACAAACUGGAAAACGUUUUGCCGAGUUAUGCUUUGUAAAAAAAAAAAAAA